ACUAGAACCGGGAAAAAAACAUAAUCCAUUUCACAGCAUGUUAUCCAGAUCAUUGUUCCACAACAAACAAGUCUUCUUGCCAUUGGUGACUGGCACCAUUGGGGCGUUUGCUGCGUACCAAUAUUACUCCACCCUAAUCACUAACGAUACUGGAAAAACAUUCACCGACCCCAACGACUGGGUGGAUUUGAGAUUGAAGUCCUCUGCCAACGUUGGUUCCAGCUCCAAGAGAUUGGUUUUCCAAUUGAACGAACAAACUGAUGUUAGUGGAUUGGUCACUGCUUCUUGUUUGUUGACCAAGUUUGUUACUGCAAAGGGUAGCAAUGUUAUCAGACCAUAUACCCCAAUCAGUGACAACGACACCAAGGGAGUUAUUGAAUUUAUCAUCAAAAAGUACGAUGGUGGUAAGAUGUCUUCUCAUAUCCACGACUUGAAGCCUGGUGAAACCUUGUCUUUCAAAGGUCCAAUCAUCAAGUGGAAAUGGGAACCAAACCAAUACAAAUCCAUCUUUCUCAUUGGUGGAGGUACUGGUAUUGCUCCUUUGUACCAAUUGAUUCAUGAAAUCGCCAAAAACCCAGAAGAUAAGACUAAGGUUAACUUGUACUACGGAAGUGUUGAUUCCAACGAUGUCUUGUUGAGAACCGAAUUGGACCAAAUUGUUGCUGAACACAAGGAUCAGAUCACCGUCGAGUACUUUUUAGACAAGGCCCCACCUAACUGGAGCGGAAGAACUGGUUUCAUCGAUAAGGACUUUUUGUCUGAAAAGUUGCCAGCUCCUUCUAAGGACUCCAAGGUAUUUAUUUGUGGACCUCCAGGUUUGUAUAAGGCUAUUUCGGGACCCAAAACCUCUCCAACUGAUCAGGGAGAAGUCACGGGUAUCUUGGCCGACUUAGGAUACACUAAGGAACAUGUCUUCAAGUUUUAGAUAUUCUCUUGACAUUUACAUAUGCUUAAAUAUAUUUAUGCUACGGCUUUGACAUCCU